AUGGAUGUCGAAAGCAUUCUUGAUGAACGCGUCGAUCAUUUUCGUUUAUCGCUACACAUUUUUUAUCUGCAGAGAUUCCGUGAAGCCUACGAAACGCAGUGUCGACGUGGUCCUCCCAGCGCUAUUGCCACCUUUAAUUAUGGAACUGCGCUUAUCCGUUCGACAAAGCAGGACGUCGCGGAGGGAAUUAAUCUCUUGGAAAAGCUUUUGAGAGAGGAGCCUGAUGAUGUGAACAAAAGGGACUAUGUGUAUUUUCUUGCCUUAGCAAAUGCGCGAUUGAGGAACUACGACAGAGCUUUGGCAUACAUUGAUAUUUUAUUGGCUGCGGAGACUCACAAUAGGCAAGCUUCGCAGCUUCGUGAUAUCAUUGAGAAAAGAAUGCAAAAAGGCGAGAUUUUGUUUCCUCGUUGGAGUACAACAACAAAUCAGUGUGUUCAGACGGACUGCUUGGCCUUGCUGUAA